AAACAGUAAAAAUUCAACCGGCUUUGGCGCGCAUCGUCGUCGUCGAGUCGAUCCAAAAAACAAAACGAACAUCAGUCCCCACAUCCGGUUUUCCUUCUGAUAUCAAUUUAGUCACAAGUUUACUCUGUUUGUUAUUUUCCAAAGGGUAAGAAAACAUGUUUCGACUGGAGAAACCCUUGCUACCGCCAGAGUCUGGAGAAGAAUUCCAAUUUCCGUUUGCCACUCCAUAUGCGAUUCAGUUGGAUUUGAUGCGAUCCCUCUACUCAGCGGUUGACCAGCGGCAGGUAGGAAUAUUCGAAAGCCCCACCGGGACAGGUAAAAGUUUGACCUUGACGUGUGGAGUGUUGAGUUGGUUGAGGGAUUAUGAAGCAGCUGUGGCGAAAGAGUUGGUCGAAAAAAUUGAUCGGUUGAAGGAGGAAGUGAGACGAUUGGAACAAGAAACGGCUAUAGCGGUGGACUGGAUUUCCGGUCAAUUUGAGACUUUGGGAAUCAAGAAGGAACUUGGUGAGUUGAAGGACUUGAAGGAACUGAGGGACGAAUAUGAGAAAAGAUUAGGAGAGCUAAAAGUAAAGUCCAUGAAAGUGAAGCAGAGAAGGUUUGCUAAAGUAAGGUUGAAAGGUAAGGAAGAAGUCAACGGAGAAACUGAGAAGGAAGUGGCGUUGGGAGAGGAUGAUUUUUUGGUGGAUGAUUCAGACGAAGAAGAUAGUGGAAAAUUAGAAGAAGAUGAGGAUCAAUUGAAAUUCAAACCAGUGCAGGUGAUUUUUUGCUCAAGAACACACUCGCAGCUGGGUCAGGUGGUAAAUGAAGUUCGGAGAACAGAAUUUGGGAAACAGAUCAGAUUGACCACAUUAGCGUCGAGACAGAAUUUUUGCAUUAACCCGGAGGUGCGAAAGUUAAGAUCAAAUCCAUUGAUCAACGAACGAUGUUUGGAGUUACAGAAGAAAUCCGGGAAGGCUACCGUAGUUGACGAGGAUCAAAACACAAGGAAAAAGCGGAAGGUAGCCCAAAAGUGUUCCUUCUACAACCGUCAAGCAAUUGAAGAUCUGAAAAACGAUUCUCUCUUUGAAGUGCAGGAUAUUGAGGAAUUGGUUACUUUUGCUAAUCAAGAGAAAGCUUGUCCGUAUUAUGCCACCCGGGCAGCGAUACCGGAUUCGCAGCUUUUAAUGAUUCCUUACCAGAAUCUACUUCACAGAAGGACCCGCGAGCAAACGGGGAUUGACAUCAAAAACGCAAUCAUCAUUAUUGACGAAGCUCACAAUCUGCUGGACACUAUUUCAAACAUCCAUAGCCAAGAAGUGACAUUGGAACAGCUACAGCAGGCUAAACUUCAUUUGAGCGCCUAUAAGACUCAGUAUUUUGCACGAUUCUCUACAACAAAUCUACUGAAGAUCAAUCAAUUACUGUUUGUGGUUAGUCAACUUGGAAAGAUUUUGGAUAAUCUUCCAAAAGAUGUUUCAUUCCGGAUGGUUGAAACUCACGAGCUGAUGACCGAGGGUAAUUUUUUCAAUAUUAACUUAAACGAAAUUCUUCAAUUUUCUGACAAGACUCGAAUUGCCCAAAAGGUCCACGGAUUCGCUCAAUCUGUUCCCGCAGCACAGCUACAAGGACCGGUUAGGAAUCGACCGGUACCGAAAAAGUCAGCAUCGGGCGCUCUGAAAGAUUAUCUCAAACAAUUGGAGCAUGAUGUGUCUAAGAAAGGCAAGAAGACGGAGUCCGUCGAAGUUGUUGAACAGCAAAAUCCAGAAGAGAAACGAGAAUUUAUAACGAAUGCUAUUCGGCCAUUGCUGAGCUUUCUGGAGUGCCUUGCGGAAGAUUUUGACGAUGGACGUAUCCUUCUAACUUACAACAAGGACGAUAAGAAAAAGUGCACUAUGAAAUAUCUGCUACUCAAUCCUGGGGCUAGAUUUCAGGAAAUUUUGACCAGUUCCCGUUCGGUAAUCUUAGCCGGUGGAACGAUGCAGCCGAUCGAGGAGCUGACCGAGCAACUAUUCAAAAGCUGCCAGGAACGGGUGCAAGUGAAAAGCUACGGGCAUGUUGUUCCAGCUGAUGCGGUUCUUCCAUUGGCUAUCGCGAAGGGGCCAUCGGGAAAGGAACUCCUCUUCAAUUUUGCUAAUCGGCAAAAUAAGGAACUGCUAAACGAACUAUCCUCAGUUCUGUCCAACAUCUGCCAAGUUGUGCCCCACGGAGUUGUGUGCUUUUUCAGUUCAUAUGACUAUCUGGACCAGUUCUACAACCAUCUCAAGCAAAGCGAUCGUCUGACCAAGCUGGAGGAACGCAAACAAGUCUUCCGGGAGCCACGAGGCAGUGCUCAGGUGGAGAAAAUUCUGGCUGACUACUCUAAGGCCGCUCGUCAGUGGGCUGGAACCCAAACUGGCGCUUUGAUGUUGAGCGUUGUCGGAGGAAAGCUAAGCGAGGGGUUAAACUUUUCUGACGAGCUGGGACGAUGCGUUGUGGUCGUUGGCUUGCCCUACCCGAAUCGAACAAGUCCGGAACUGGUAGAGAGGAUGCGGUUUUUGGACAAGACGUUGCAGCCUCCGGCCGGGAACGAAUAUUACGAGAAUCUUUGCAUGAAAGCAGUAAACCAGUGCAUUGGUCGAGCGGUCAGGCAUAUUCGUGACUACGCCAGUGUGGUUUUGCUGGAUACGCGGUAUGGGAGCAACGAUAAAAUUCGGAAGAAGCUUCCGAGCUGGAUAUCGGCGGGGAUGCAGUGUGUUGAACGGUACGGACAAGCCCAUGGAAGUUUGGUGCGAUUUUUUAAAGAUAAAGGUAAGAAAUGACAUGUUGCACGGCACGUGUUGGCGUGAUAAAGUAAGUUCCACAUUAUCUUUGGUUUACAAU